UGUAGCACUCUUUCCACUUGGUCUCUGUCCUUCCUCUGUACACAUCAUGUUAAAUAGCAGCCUCAUAGAAGUGGGCCAUGCCUCUAAUACAACGUUGGAUGGCCUGGGCAUGACCCUCCACCAGGCACUGAACGUAAUCCUCACCAUUUUGUUGGCUCUGGUAGUAUUUGCCCUGGGUUGCACGGUGGAGAUAGGUAAGCUGUGGACCCACGUACGCCGACCAUGGGGCGUCUUGAUUGGGAUUUUAUGCCAGUUUGGCAUCAUGCCGCUCACUGCAUUCCUGCUGGCCCAGGCUUUCGCUGUCAGACCGUUGCAGGCUGUAGCCAUUCUUAUCAUGGGGUGCUGUCCUGGGGGCACCAUUUCAAACAUAAUCACCUACUGGAUCGAUGGAGACAUGGACCUCAGCAUAACCAUGACAAGUGUUUCCACGGUGAUUGGGAUGGGGAUGAUGCCGCUGUGCCUCCUUGUUUACUCACGCUCCUGGGUGGAGACUGGCAGCAUCAGGAUUCCCUACUCCAAUAUAGGUAUUACUCUGAUUAGUCUAGUUGUUCCUGUGGCCUGUGGUGUCUUUGUCAAUUACAAGUGGCCAAAAGCAGCAAAGAUCAUUUUGAGGGUAGGCUCAGCGGUGGGCUGUUUGCUGCUGCUGAUAGUGGGCAUUGCAAGCGCUGUGCUGUACCGUGGCUCGUGGAACACAGAUGUAUCUAUUGUGAUUGUCGGGGUUAUUUUCCCCAUGAUCGGCUGUGCUGCUGGUUUCACCAUUUCUAUUAUAAUGCGGCAGUCAUGGCAAAGAUGCCGGACAAUUGCCUUGGAGACCGGAGCCCAGAAUGUUCAUCUCUGCACAACGGUGCUCCAGCUCUCCUUCAGUCCUGAGGAGCUGGUGCACAUGUUCACUUUCCCCCUCAUCUACGGCUCCUCUCAGCUCAUCUCUUGUCUUCUUCUCGUAACAGUUUAUCAGAUAUACAAGCGGAUUGCCACAUGCAAGUCGUCAGAUGAGUCUGUCUCACCUGACCAGGCCCUACAGAGCUGCCCAAGUGUCAACACUGGACAGGGUGAAGUCAACAUAGGUUUUGAGCAUGAUACACCUGUGCAAUCCUCAGCUAAUCAAGAGACUUAGAAGUCGGUUGACUAUUAGAGUUAUACUCUAAUGCCUUUGCAUUAUGUACUUUUAUUGUGCUUUUACUGUACUUUUUACGUUAACUUGUUAUGUUGAUAUGGUGUUGUAACCUUUUUCUUCUAAACAUGAUUUGAUUUGAUUGAUUGAACGAUGCCUUUUGGGUAUGACACCAAGUUCUUUACGUGUCUGCUUUUGUAACUAACAAUGCACUGUAUUCAUUGUAGCAAAACAUGAAAUGAUACUUGAUAAUACAAUGACAAGAAUUUGCAAUCAGUAUCUGAUCAGUAUGAGACACAGCCUUAUGAGAAACCUUUUCCUUCUGCUAAAGUUAGAGGACGCAGUGUAAGAGGAAUAGCAACCUCAGAGAAACUGGAAGUAAUAACUCAUGCUUGACUGUAACCAACCGAGUUUA